CUGCGUCAGGAGGAGGCCGUUUCUGGAGAAGCGAAGCCUUCAAGUUGAGGUGGAAAAGGUGCAUCACUAUUGUCAUUGUUCUUCACACAGUAAAGUAUUAUUUUUCAGUCUGAUAUAGAGCCAUGAAUCCUGAUAUUAUGAAAGAGCGGCAAAACGCCACUUUUGACGUUGAGAAACUAACCAACAUUUUGGACGGGGGUCCAGAAAAGACCAAAAGAAGACGAGAAAUAGAGACACUGGUUUUCAACGACCCAGACUUUGAGGAGGAGGACCCAAACUUCCUGUCUCGCAGUGAGCGCUAUGACCAGGCUGUUAGAAAAAGUGCCCGAAUGAUCCUGAAGAUGAGAGAGUAUGGCAUUGGACACCCAGAUGAGAUCUACUUCUUUAAGAAAUGUGUGCACCCCAGCAGGCCAGAGCCCUUGGAUCUCCAUCUGGGUAUGUUCCUGCCCACACUGCUCAACCAAGCCACCCCAGAGCAAAUGGACCGUUUCUUCAUGCCUGCCUGGAACCUAAACAUCAUCGGCACCUACGCUCAGACUGAGAUGGGCCACGGAACGCACCUCAGAGGGCUGGAGACCACCGCCACAUAUGACCCAGCCACGCAGGAGUUUGUCUUGAACAGUCCUACAUUCAGCUCCAUCAAAUGGUGGCCUGGAGGACUUGGAAAAACUUCAAACUGUGCCAUAGUUAUAGCCCAGCUAUAUACUCAGGGAAACUGCCAUGGUCUGCAUGCUUUCAUCGUCCCCAUCCGUGACUUCAACACCCACGAACCCCUGCCAGGUAUUGUGGUUGGUGAUAUUGGCCCCAAGUUUGGUUACAGUGAAGUUGACAAUGGCUUCCUCAAACUAGAGAACAUACGAAUCCCACGGGAGAAUAUGCUGAUGAAACACGCCACGGUGGAGCCAGAUGGAACCUAUGUGAAGCCACCAAGUUCCAAACUGACCUAUGGCACUAUGGUGUUCAUCCGCUCCUUGAUCGUUGGCAAUUCAGCUUUGUUCCUCGCUAAGUCUUGCACCAUCGCCAUCCGCUACAGUGCUGUCCGUCAUCAGUCUGAUUUUCGGCCAGGAGAGCCGGAGCCCCAGAUCCUCGACUACCAGACACAGCAGUACAAGCUUUUCCCUCUACUGGCUAUGGCCUAUGCCUUCGCUUUUGUUGGCCAGUAUAUGAACGACACCUACAACCGCAUCACUGGAGACAUCAACCAAGGGGACUUCACUGAAAUGCCUGAGCUCCAUGCACUGUCUGCUGGUCUGAAGGCUUUCACCACGUGGGCGACCAAUGCUGCCAUCGAGGUGUGCCGCAUGUCAUGUGGUGGUCAUGGCUACUCUUGCAGCAGUGCCUUGCCUGACAUUUAUGUUGGGUUCACCCCUAGCUGCACCUACGAGGGAGAGAAUACAGUCAUGAUGCUGCAGACUGCAAGAUAUCUGGUGAAGAGCUACCAGCAGGUUAAGGCCGGCAAGCAGCUGAGCGGCAUUGUGUCAUACCUAAAUGAAGCAGAGCAUUGGAGGGUGCAGCCCCAGCCCGUUGCUGCCAGACCAACAGUGGUCGACAUUAAUGACCUGGCUAGCCUGGUGGAGGUCUACAAACUACGAGCUGCUAUUCUAGUAGAGAUGGCAGCUAAGAACAUCCAGCAGGAGUUACAGCGCACGAAGAACCAGGAGGAUGCCUGGAACAACAGCGCAAUCGACCUGGUCAGAGCCUCAGAUGCUCAUUGCCACUAUGUUGUAGUGAAGCUCUUUACUGACAAGCUGGGGGAGAUUGGUGACACGGCGGUACACUCAGUGCUGUCAACUUUGGCUCUGUUCUACACCUUGCAUGGUAUCACGCAGAACUCUGGAGACUUCCUACAGGCUGGACUGCUGAGUGUGCCCCAGGUGAUGCUGAUUUCUGUCCGUAUCAAGGAGCUCCUGUCUCAGCUAAGGCCUAACGCCGUGGCACUGGUAGAUGCCUUUGACAUCCAUGACAAAAGUCUGAAUUCAGUCCUGGGACGAUAUGAUGGGAACGUCUACGAGCACCUGUUUGAAUGGGCUCGUCGCUCACCCCUGAACUCCACAGAGGUCCACGAAUCCUUCCACAAGUACCUGAAGCCCCUGCGGUCCAAACUGUGAGCUGACCAUUGCACCUUUGAUUCCUGGCUAUGACCCUUCAACUGUACAUAGAUAUACUGUAGGCAUAACUUAACUGUAAUAACCCAUUAUAUCAAUCCUAUGAUCCUCUUCACUUGUCAUCAGCUGGCUUUUACCAGUCUGUCGUAAUUGAGCCUUCCCUGCUAUACUCACUCUCUCUUUGUGGAGAAUUGAACACAACAUGUAAACUUUCUGGAGCACUGUAGACAGCAAGCUUGUCAUCCUGAUGAUGGAGGAAAUCUAACAAAAGGGUGUAAAACAGGGGCUGAUCAACUGUAAACACUAUGGAUUAUUUAGGACAAUGUCAACAACCAGGAGUCAAAAUUGUAUCUUAAAAAAAAAAUCUCUAAUGAUGCUAAUAUUUUGAGCUUUAAUAACACUGAAAAAUAAUCAGGUGUUACAGUUUCAGAUAGGGAAAUUCCAUUGUAGCUUCUUUCUGUUUCAUGUUUCCUCAUCUUUUCUCCCAGUUCUGCUACACGCCUGAUGGCUGCUCCAUGUGAGCCAGUCGAGAUGGAUUUGCCAUCUCUUUUUUUUAUAACAAGAACAGAAUGAUAUUAUGAGUGUUACAUAAUGAUUGAGUGUGCAAACCAACAGCUAAAUCAAUUGUGGUUGUAUCCCCUGACUACAAGGACCAACAUGCUAUUUAAAAAGGCACUGCUGUUUCUCAUAAUUGUCAUAAAGAGAGGCACUCAUUUAUGCUUGAUCAGUUGCCAUAGGCAUCAAGAUUUGCACAAGGGUGAUGCAGCUUUUCUUUAUCACAAAUCUGCAGCAACCCCCCAAAUACUGCUGACUUAACAAGUGUGUUGUAUAGUUUACAUUGGAUUAACAGCCUAUCAAAUUACAGCCUUUGAGUUCAGAUGUGCUUAAGAGUAAUAUGAAUUUUAAUUACUAGUUUUACUAUCAGAUGCUCACCCCCAGAAGACUUUGUAGAGAACAUUGCCUGAGAUCUGCUUGGAAUGACAUCAAUCACAUUUGUCUCCCUAAUUUUUACAAAAUCUUUCACUUACUGUUUUACACGAAAAAGGGUAAAACAAUGUCCUUUUAUCCUCAGUCACAGCAUCUGUCAAAAUGUUGCUCUGUAAGGAAUAAUAAUAUCAUACUUGACUGAUCAGGGGGCAUUUAAACACUUGGAGAAAUUCAGCAUCAUGGGGUGAUACAUUCCAAAUUCCUCACUUCUUCAGUGUCAGGAUUACACAGCGGCUUUCUUUUUGUGCUGUGUGUUCAGUCGUGCUUGCACUGUUCUGUGUCCACAUGCUUUUGAAUGUGUUUUGCAGAUUCUGGUGCAAGUGUGUGAAGAUAACCUUUGAGGACAGGUAGUAUGAACUUCUGAAAGUUAAUGAGUGUUGAAUGAGGCUACAUAUGCACUGUUUGUGUGCAUUAGUAUUUUCCCUCCCUGCUGUGUGGGGUUGAUAUAUUAUAACACAGGGUUGCGCCCAAUGAGUGAAUUGGUCUUUUAGUUUGUAAUCAAGCACAUUUUGAACUAAACACUCAACUAAUUCAUUAUUAAUAUGCAGUGAUAUUUAUAUAUUAGUGACUAAAUUGUUCAUGUACAACUGGGAUUGACAUAAGUGCAAAAUAGAAUUACUUUUUUGAGAAUAAUGCUUUCCUUUUUUUUUAUAACAGUUACACAAAAAUGUAUAUUAUAAAUUAACUUGCCAAGCAAAUGUAUAAAAUUUUAUAGAACAGGUGAAUUUGUUCUUGGUUCAUCUCAACUUGUAGUAGUUUAUUUUUCUCACUGAGGAGAGAAAAUGGUACUGAGGCUGAUAAAUAAAAGUAGCAACUAGUCAAAUAAAAUUUUGAUGUUUAGGAUGAAAAGGGAGCGCUUUAGUCUGAAGCCUCCCUGUAAAGAUGAUUUGUGGGAUAAGUAUGUGUCUGAGGAAUUCAUCUUUGCUUAAUGAAUGUUCUCAUAAAGCUCACAGCAUUUUACUGCUGUUUUAAACACUUUUACUGGUAGAUUUCUGUUGUAAGGGCAGGAUUAACAAUAUGUAAUGAAUAAACUGUUGGUUAAUCAUAUUUUUGUGCUAGUUUGUCAACAUAUUUCCUUGAAUAAUAACAAUUUUAAUAGUUGGUUGGUAGUUUGACCUGUAAGAUAUAUUAAUAA